CAUGAACCGUCUUCUACUUCUCAUCGUACGCCCGAACUACAGUGCACUUCACUCGGUCGGUAAAGUCGCAUCGAAUCGGCGCAUGCGGCGCACGAGAAAUGACAGAUGCGCCGAAUGCGGCAAACGGUUGUGUGUGUUUCCUGCGUCUGACAUAAUAGUUGCUUGUGAUGUUCUGAAUGUGUUAGUUCUGCCGCUUGAUCUAGGACGAUUCUUACGCAGUUUGUUCAUCAUGGCAGCUAGUGCACUUGAGGAAAAGAUUAAUAAGAUAAAGCAACAAAAUGAGGAGAUUAGAAGGAGAUAUGAGGAGGUAGAGGAAGAUAAAAAAAAUGCAGCUAAAUUGAACGCAUUGGUACAAAUGGUACCAUCUACAGAUUGGCCUGAAAGGAAGGAACCGCCAGAAUUUUCUAAUCCUCCUCGAGCAAGCAAUAAACCACCAAAGCCUGUCAAGGAACACCAUGAGUAUCCUCAGCAAUAUCAUGUAGCCAGUGGAGAAGGAAGGAAAGCUCACGUUUUUUCUCAAGGACAAAGACCUCCACCUGAUCCUAAAUAUAAUUUCUUAGCUGAUUCUGAGAGAGAGGAAGGCAACACUGAAAAUAUAAAGGAUAAUCCUCCAAAUAGGGGGCAGAAGCAUUCAAGAGGCAUGUUCAGAAGAAAAGUUGGAGGAAAGGAUGGCAUGCAAAGAGAUUACAGGACAAACAGAGGGGCGCACAGAGACGAAUAUCAGCCAGAGUAUGAGGCCUGGAGAGCGGAGAGAAAUCGCAUCGACGAGGAUCGCAUAAGUAGGCAGAGAACGGCGGAGGGUAAUUGGCGAAGAGAAUGGGACAACGACAAAGCGCACAUCGUGAACGAGGUGACUAGAUCUGAGGCAAAGUUAGGGGAUUAUGUAAAGAAAGAUCAUAAAGAUUACACACAAGAUCAUAGACGAUAUCACGCUAAUGGAAAUGAUUAUGCCCAUCAUAAUCGCGGUGGUAAUCGUUCUUAUCGCGGGAAUUCGAAGCAUUUUCAUAGUAAUUAUGAAAAUCGCUCCAACAACGCGUACCAUCAGGAUGGAUACGCAAAGAAUCCUUUGUCACCCGGUUCCGAGAGUAGAACCGUUAUCGCUACUGACAAAGGUAUCAAAGUUACUCUGAAUCAAGGAAAUAUGGCGAAAGGACCAGUAACAAGUGUCAAAGUAAACUCACCGAGUAUCGCUGGAACAGGUAGAGUAGGGCCGCGGCAGAGGAGCCGCGUUACGUACAGUAGUCACUCGGACGUUGAGAUAACUUCCAGCGAAACCGACUCCUUUUCACGGCCGAAGUCUUUCGAAGACAAGAGCAAAGGUAUUUAUCACGACAAUCUCCAGAAAUCCCCUAAUGCACGCAAAACGCAACCUCUGCAAAGGAAGAAGGAUCUUGGCAAUAAGUCACCUUAUUUCCACAAAAAAGAGGUCGGGAGGGAAGAUACUAACGAAAAUGUGCAGAAACAGCACGAAAUGGGAUUGAGGCCGUCGCGUGCACCGGAAGAAAGUAAGAACUCGUUGGAAUCUAAGUCCAAGUCUGAAAAGCUUGAAGAGAUUAACGCAGAUUCGUCGCAAAAUGAACAUGCGAAUGUAAAGCAAAGUGACGAAACUGCUUUUGAACCUGACGCACAAACCAAGGAAUUAAACAACUCCGAUGAUCAGAAAAAUGAAUCAAGUACACAAAUGGACGUCAGCGAAACUCACGUAGAAGUAGAGAACGAAUCGACCUUGACGAACUUGGAAAUAACACUUGCGUCCCAAGAUGAAACGGAAAUUCAAGUUUCUGCCAUUGAUUCGACGGAAAACGAAUCGAACGAGACGGAAAUUGUUCAAGCGGUUGCGUUCGAGAGUAAAGCAGCUGAAACGGAUAUAGCGACAUCGGCAGCAAAAGAUAAUGAUAAGAAUGAUACGAAAUUUAGUUUUAUUGCAGACAUACCAUGUGAUAUUAACAAUGAUAUCGAGGAAAUUGUGGGGGAAAAUAAACAAAGUUCAUCAACGAAGCAAACUGAAGAAAUUGUGGAGGAAAAUAAAGAACAGAAGUUGCCAACGAAGCAAAUUGAAGAAAUUGUGGAGGAAAAUAAAGAACAGAAUUUGCCAACGAAGCAAACUGAGGAAAUUGUAGAGAAAAGUGAAGAAGAGAAAUUUCCGACGAAGCAAAUUGAAGAAAUUGUGGAGGAAAAUAAAGAACAGAAUUUGCCAACGAAGCAAAUUGAAGAAAUUGUGGAGGAAAAUAAAGAACAGAAUUUGCCAACGAAGCAAACUGAGGAAAUUGUAGAGAAAAGUGAAGAAGAGAAAUUUCCGACGAAGCAAAUUGAAGAAAUUGUGGAGGAAAAUAAAGAACAGAAUUUGCCAACGAAGCAAAUUGAAGAAAUUGUAGAGGAAAAUAAAGAACAAAAUUUGCCAACGAAGCAAACUGAGGAAAUUGUAGAGAAAAGUGAAGAAGAGAAAUUUCCGACGAAACAAAUUGAAGAAAUUGUGGAAGAAAAUAAAGAACAGAAUUCGCUAACGAAGCAAACUGAGGGAAUUGUAAAGAAAAAUAAAGAACAGAAUUUGCUUACGAAGCAAAUUAAAGAAAUUAUGGAAGGCAAUAAAGAGCAAAAUUCGCUAACGAUGCAAACUGAAGGAAUUGUAGAAGAGAAAUCUAAAGAGCAGAAUUCGCCAACAAAGCAAACUGAAGAAACUGUGGAGGGAAAUAAAAAACAGAAUCUGCGAACGGAGCAAAUUGAGAAGGUCGUAAGCGAUAAUUCUGGCAGUAAACAAAAUGAAGACGUGAAUGAGCAAGAGAACGACGCCAAACGCGAUACGAAGGAAUUUUCAGACAAAAAAGAAGCAGAUGAUGUAAUAAGUUCAACUCCAACUGAUGCGUGUUCCAUACUGGUGGAAGAAGAUAAACCGGAAGACGAUAAUACAGCUUUAAAAAAAGAGGAAAUUUUGAUAAACGAUGGAAUCGUUGCUACGAGUGAAACGAUUAACACGAAUGACAAACAAGAUACAGCAACAAUAUGUAUCAACGAGACUCAAGAACGUAUAGUCGUGAAUAACGACGAGGAAAAAAAGAACGACCCCACAAAUGAUAAUGUGGACAAAGUUGACGAGACAGACAAAGUCGUAGUUGACAAAAUAGAGUCUUCGGAAGGUGAUCUACAGGCGGAGAAAGAAAAGGCUACUCCGAACGAAAUGGUUGAAACUGAAAAAUAAUAAAAGAGAAGAAUGAAGCAAAAAAAAAGAAGAAAAAAGAAAUGUACGUAUGUAUAAAAUGUUGCAGACGUAACUACAAGUUACCGAUAACGUGAUAAGAGAUGAAGCUUUUAUAAUUAUACUUGUUGAAACGUGAUAUCUCAAAAGUCAAUUUUUAUGGCAAUAUACGAGUUGAAUAUGGAGUUAUUCGAGUAAUAGUUCGGAAGAAAAUGAAUUUUUAUUCUCGAGAUAUAUCGCGUGGACGAUCGUCAUCAGUUCGCCAAGCUAUAACACAUCGCACAUCGCGAUUUUUCUUUUCCAUUUUUUUUUUCAGAAUUUUAUAUCCUGUUGCAUAUCUAUUAUUACGUUUAAUUUUAUUUUAUUUCUCCGAUUCUCGUCGGCUCGCUGCUGACAAUUCGGGUAUUAUAACGCUUUAUGUAUGUAUACACAUAUCUAGAUAAUUUCACGUUGACAGAGAAGCACAGAGAAUAAGUUUACUUCAUUGACAUUUCCGAAUCUUUAUGUGAAACGCAAAACGACAGAAAAAAACAAUCUCUGUUCGUAUAUGACAAUCAAGAAGUAUUUUUUUUUAUAAUUGGUUUGAGCAAUCGAUGGGAUAUUUAAGAUCAACAAAAACUGUGAGAUUCAUUAAGUACGACUAAACAUUUAACGAUUAAUGAUGAUUUUA